AUGGGUAGCUCGAGGCAGUGCUUCCAGAGGUUCCUGGAGCAGAAAAACAUUGUCACCAAUUUGCUGGGGAAGCUGGAAGAGAACACCGGUGUGUACUACCUGCCUACAGGUUCCAUUGCUUUCUUGGCCUUCUGUCUCAUAUUUGGCUACGGUGCCUCCCUGCUCUGCAAUCUCAUUGGAUUCAUCUACCCAGCAUAUGCCUCCAUCAAGGCCAUUGAAAGCCCCAACAAAGAUGAUGAUACCAUCUGGCUAACAUACUGGGUGGUAUAUAGCAUUUUUGGCCUGGCUGAGUUCUUCUCUGACAUCUUCCUUUUCUGGUUCCCCUUCUACUAUGCAGGGAAGUGUGCCUUCUUGCUAUGGUGCAUGCUUCCAGUGGCCUGCAAUGGCUCCCAGAUCCUGUACCAUUGCCCGAUCCACCCCAUCUUCCUGAGGCAGCAGGCUUCUAUGGACAGCCUGGUGACUGACCUGAGUGGACAAGCCCUAGACACAGCAGCCAGUCUGACCCGGGAAGCAACCAAGGCAGGCAUGACUCACCUCCAGAAGAAUAAAUGA